AUGUCUCCCUCCUUCGCAGAAAAAAUGGCCCGCGCUGAAGUGGAAGCGGAUUUCUUUGGACAACAACCUCCCCCGGAUAGCCUGGCUGAACACGAAACACUCGUGCGCAACUUCAUCGAUUACCACCGGGAAACCUCCCGACGUGUGGCGCUUGUGACCUCUGGAGGCACGACUGUUCCAAUCGAGGCUCAGACCGUCCGCUUUCUCGAUAAUUUUUCCGGCGGUACGCGAGGCGCUCGUUCCGCGGAGUACUUUCUGCAGAGAGGAUAUGCGGUGAUCUUCUUGCAUCGGCAGAACAGCCUGUUGCCAUACGAUCGGCAUUACAGCAACUCGAAGAACUGUCUUCUGGAUCUUCUGGACGUUGUGCAGGGUGCUUCUGGCGAUAGCGGUAGCGACGGCCACAGAAUCACGGUACGCAGAGAACACGAGGAUCAACUGUGUCAUGUCCUCCAGCAGUAUCGCUCCGCCAGGGAAAACAACCUCUUGCUUCUGCUGCCGUUCGAAACCGUCACGGACUACCUGUUCCACUUGCGAUCUGUCACCAUUCUCAUGUGGCCUCUGCGUGCUACCGGCCUUGUGUACCUCGCGGCAGCUGUGAGCGACUUUUUCAUUCCUCACAGCGAGAUGGCCGAGCAUAAAAUUCAGUCUUCGGUGCCAUCCUCCCACCCAAGGAAGGAUGGUGUCGAUCUGUCAUGUGUGAAGUCCGAGAACCUGAGUUUAGACCUCAAGCCGGUGCCCAAGUUUCUCAAAAGCUUGGUUGACGAUUGGGCUCCAGUCGGAAGUAUGAUCAUCUCCUUCAAGCUGGAGACUGAUUCGAAUAUUCUGCUUGACAAGGCGCACGGUUCUCUGCAGCGUUAUGGCCAGCAUCUUGUGAUCGGCAAUUUGCUCUCUACUCGGCAGAGUGAGGUUGUCUUUGUUGAGCCGGAUCAGCCGCGUGAACGAUGGAUUCGGGUCCCUUCUGAUGAAGAUGGUCUUAAGAUGGAGAUCGAGAGUCUCAUCGUCGACGAGGUGGCCAAAAUGCACUCGGAGAUGAUUGGGGAGGAACGUUGA